UUGGCAACACUGAAUUACCGAGACAGAGAGUUGCCGUUUCGCUUGCUCUAACAAAGCCUAGUCUAUUCCUUACGUCUUCUCUGAACGAAAUGAGCCACUAUUCUCAUAAUUGCUCUGAUGACUUGGAUACAUUUUGGGAUGAGUUGAGUAAUACAUGUGUGCCGUGUCAUAAACAUAAUCCGAUCCGACCAGGGUACGAAUUUAGUCCAAACUGUGGCAGGCAUGAUGAUGGGGGAAGAUCGGAAGCACCGUAUCGACCGUGUGCCGCCCAGAGUUUCAAUAACGGGAGCUUCGUGAAAUGCCAUCCCUGUCUUCGCUGCGCUCCAAAUAAUCUAAAGCUGUCGGAAUGCAACACAACGACAGACACGCAAUGCUGCGUAGCGAGGGACCAGACACGGUGUUGGAAAGGAGCCCUGAGUACCACGACUCAACAGACUCAACGGUCAACAACGUUAAGGGUCCAAGUGUCAACAUCAAGUCCCACCACAGCCAUACACAUUGAUCCAGGAUUACAUGAUUAUUCUGCAACUGCAUGGAUAGUGCUUACUGUCAUCUUGGUUUUCUCUGCACUUGCAUUUCUCUUAUUCAUCUAUAUUAAGAAGAGAAGGAGAAGAUCAAGAGCUUUUUGCUUCAGAGGGUUGUGGUUUGACACAGAUAAGCAAAAUACCCACCAAUGGUCACGGAGCAGUAAGACAACAGCAGCUGUCAAUGAAGAUGUUGCUCUGCUACAGUCAGAGACCAGGAGCCUAGAGGACAUUUUGAGUCCUGACCUCCAGUCUGCACCACUGCAGACGGUUCUGGACAACCUGGAUGUUCUAGAGGAGCUUGUGAUCCUGCUGGACCCGGAGAGGCCUGGGGUGAAGAACACCAGCCACCUAGCAUCUCGCUGCUCAUUCCCCGCCACCUGGAUUACCUACACCUACUCCCUGAGGGAGAGCAAGAGCCCCUUGAGGGCCGUGCUGGAGGGGGUCACCACCAAGCACCCAGAGUGGACUGUAGGACACCUGGCCAGGUUGCUGAGAGAGAUGGACCGGAACGACGCAGUGGCGGUGCUCACCAAGCUCAGCUUGCUUAAGGUGUUCUAGUCUGGGUGUGUUCCGUGUUGGGUCCGGAAAAGAUUUCUCCAUCCAGAUACAACUGCGAGUCUCUACCUCCUGCCAACUCACAGAUAUGUGACUAGUUUCGGGAAACUAGGCGUAUGUCGCAAGUCACGACUUCACAGGAGAGGCCAUUUUUUUAAAUCAAAAUGCGUUUUUUGACAGAAAUGCCUUCUAGAACAUUAUAACCGGAGGGCCAGUAGAAGGCAUGUUUUCCUGGGGGACACCGAAGUCCCAAGGCAGUGAUUGGGAACACUGCUCCUUUGCAUUAAGGUUCAAAUCAGAUAUUUAUCUUCGAUAACAUGGCACUUAUCACUUAAAGCAAGGAUGUUUAACCCGGUGUCCAGGCCAAAUUCCCAACCUUGCCCUUACACAAUCAUUGCUAACUAAUCAUUAUCAUCUUAUGUCAAAUGUAUUAUCACCAGGAUUUUAUCACCAACCAAUUAUAUUGCUUUAUUUAUACAUUGCAUGUUAUAUAAAUGACAUAUCAGCAUUUAUUUGUUGUUUAAUUCUCUUUUCGAAUGACCAAGUCUGAUUUUUGGCAAAUAAAAUUGCAUAGAAAAAUUAAAUGGGUUUAGAACUAUGUAUACAAUUAUUUACUAACUCAGGGUUUAUUUUUACAAGGUGAAGACAAGUUCACACAUUUUCUUGUUUUAUGUCUUUUACACUUUUGUUAUACUUAAUAACCCUUACAUAUAGAACAUACAGUUUUCUGGGAGAGAUCGUCAUGGUAACUUCAGGUUUCCAACUAGUGCUUUGCAUGUUUCAUCGAACACACAUGCCAGCUCUGCAGGACAUUAAAACCAAGUUACUCUUA